CUAAUAUGGAAGACUCAGAAACUAAGGCUUUUGUAUCUGAAAAUGAAUAUAAGGUAGCUCCUGAAUCGUUACUUUCUGGGGAUAGUUUGAUUGAUUUUCGGAGAUAUUUGAAAAUCAAAACUGCUCUGAUCACUUGGAAUUUAGCUGCUGCUUCAGCUUCAUUCUUCGUGUUUUUUGUAUGAGUAUGGAGAAUUAUGACUGGAAAUAGACGUCCUUGGCUUUUCCAAUAUGCUUUCCCUGAAGGAGAAAUCAGUCAUGCAGUCUAUACAAUUGAAGCCUCUUAUUUCCCAAAAUCAUUGGGAUAUGUAGACCUGUUAUUUGUUUUGACGCCUAUUUACGCAACAAUGCUAUACAUGUGUAAUGCAUUUACUAUUGUAGUUUCUAUUUCUUUGAAGAACUAUCACUACUUGAGGACUUCAAAGAGUAUAUCUGCAGUGAUGUCAGUUCCUUGCAUGGUGUUGAUUAUUGCCUUCUGAAAUUCACUCUUGACAUUGGCUGAAGAUUACUUAGCUAAAUGUUAUCAGGAAUAUAAAAUCUCUCAGGAACAAAUGCAUCAAGGAUCAUCCAUUGCUUCAGUCAUCAUUGUUUCGGUCACUAUUGCUGCCAUUCUAGGAGUAUUGCUGAAUACCUUUAUCAACUAUUUUGCUUCCAAAGGGCUGGAGGCAAAGAUGAAAUACUACUGUGAGAAGAAUCUUGAGCACGAAGCCUUUAUUUCUUUACCUUUGUUCAACCAAGCUGAUAACCUAACCUCUUGCUCAGAAAAUAGCAUUGAGAUAGUGAAUGACUCUUGAAUCGACACUAAAGUAUAACUAG